AUGCGCUUCUCUGCCGCUGUGGCCCUUGCGACCCUGUCUACUGGUGCCAUUGCCCAGAGACACGACGAGAAGGAAACAUUCGCCAUCGAAUUUGGCAAAGAAAAAAAGCAAAACGACGACCAGAGCAAGGUUGAGAUCGAGUUGUUCGAAAACGAUUACCGCAAAAACAGCGAGGAGAAGGAAAACAAGAGUAAGAACAAGCAUCACGACGGACAAGAGAGUUCGAAAGACCAAGGCAACUUCGAGGGCGAGUGGUUUGGAGACAAGCAUCGCCAAAAAAGCCACGAAAGCAAGUACAACAACGACAUCGGUCGCUCGAAGAGCAACGACAAAGUUGAGGUUGAGGUGUUUGACAACGAGACCGGAGAGUUCAAGAACCAGGACAAUGUCAAGAUCGACGUGUUUGAGAACAAGAACCGCAAAGGCGACCAGGACAACAAGCCCCAGACCGGAGGGUUCAAGAACCAGGGCAACGUUCAGGUCGAGGUAUUUGACAACGAGACCGGAGAGUUCAAGAACCAGGAUAAUGUCAAGGUCGACUUGUUUGAGAACAAGAACCGCGGCGACGGCCAGCGUGAGAAGGACCAGGAGUCUGACCAGACCGACACUAUCGAGAUCGAAGUCCUUGGUGAUGACUACGAGCAGAACGGCGAGACCAGCAAGCCCCAGCGCAACACAAGCCAGACCUCGAGCGACUUCGUGGAGGUCGAGAGGUUCAGCGACAAGGGCAAGAACCAGGAGUCAGAGUCCGAGGCUCUACGCUUCCACGAAGACAGCCAGAAUGUCGUUUACGUUCAGGGGCUUCACGGCAACAAUCCCGCCGAGCCAAAGCCUGAUGUAGAGAUCUUUGUGGACAACAAGAGCAAGGACUCCGACGUCGUGGAAGUACUCCAGGUAGGCAACAAGACGUUUGCCGUCAAUAACGACUGCCAACAAAAGUGCGCUCCCGAGAACAGGGCCUGCCAAGAGCAGUGCACUGAGACCAAGGGCAAGGUCCAGGUUGAGCUGAUUCACCAGGAGCCCGUCAGCCCCGAGAAGAAUGUCAUCAUCGAGGAGAAGAUUGUCGAGAAGGUCAAGGAGGUCAUGAUGAAGUGCCCCCAGGUCGAGAAGGAGAUCAUUGGGAAGUUCGUCGAGAUCCCUCUCAUCAAGGAGGUGAUCAUUGAGCGCCCCGAGAUUGUCGAGAAGAUCAUCGAGCGUCCUCAGAUCAUCGAGGAGAUUGUCGAGCGUCCCCAGAUCAUCGAGCAGAUCAUCAAGGAAGUCGAGAUCGUCAUCGUCCAGGCGCCCCCUUUCCCGGUGAAGAACCAGACGGUGCCUCAGCCUCCCAUUCCUCUCCUCCAGCUCCUCCAGUUUCUGUGCAGCCCGGAGUUCCUCUGCCUCCUACGCAGAACGUCACGUUCCCUCGACCUCCAGUUCCUGGACAGCCUGGAUUUCCUGUGCAGCCUGUGGUCCCUGUGCAGCCUGGAGUUCCUGGACAGCCUGGGAUUCCUGGACAGCCUGUGGUCCCUGUGCAGCCUCCGACUCAUGUGGAGCCUGGGGUUCCUGUGCAGCCUGGUCCUAUUCAACCUAGUGUUCCUCUGCCUCCUGUCCGGAACGUCACGUUCCCUCGGCCUCCGGUUUCUGGACAGCCUGGAGUCCCCGUGCAGCCUGGAAUUAUUCUGCCUCCUACGCAGAACGUCACGUUCCCUCGGCCUCCGGCUCCUAUACAGCCUGGACUUCAUGGACAGCCUGGAGUCCCUGGACAGCCUGUGGUCCCUGUGCAGCCUGGAGUCCCUGUACAGCCUGGAGUUCCCGUGCAGCCUGGAGUUCCCGUGCAGCCUGGAGUUCCCGUGCAGCCUGGAGUUCCCGUGCAGCCUGGAAUUAUUCUGCCUCCUACGCAGAACGUCACGUUCCCUCGGCCUCCGGUUCCUAUACAGCCUGGAGUUCCUGGGCAGCCUGGAGUUCCUGGACAGCCUGGAGUUCCUGUGCAGCCUGGCGUUCCCUCGCAGCCUGGCGUUCCCUCGCAGCCUGGCAUUCCCUCGCAGCCUGGUGUUCCCCAGCCUCCAACCAGGAACCCCCAGGUUCCUCAGCAGCCGUCAGUGCCUGGACAGCCCCAGGUUCCUCAGCAGCCGUCAGUGCCUGGACAGCCUCAGGUUCCUCAGCAGCCGUCUGUGCCUGGACAGCCUCAGCAACCUCAGCAGCCCGGGCAGCCCUUCGUUCCCGGACAGCCCUUCGUCCCCCAGCCUGUGCCUGUGCCUGGCGGUCCUGUCUCGCCUCCUCCCGCGGUCCCGACGGCUGGCGCUUCUGUUGAGAGUGUUUCCCUUCUGA